CACACCUUUUUCUAUCCUGACAUAAAUCCAUCCAGAAAACAAAGUGAGCUCCAGCCGAAAGCAUUCCAUUUCCCAGUAUCUUUUUCUCCCCCCCUUUUCCAUCACCACUCUUCGGACUCCCUAAUUCUUCAAUUCCUCUGCGAUUCUGUAUAUUCCCUGCCUCCAUGACUUGAAGCACUGUUAAGGAACUGUGUUUUAUUUUUGUAUUCAUGCUUGGAUCAUAUUCCUUAAAACUAGAUGUUGGAAUUUGAUGGUGUAGACACAAGGAGACUACAGUGAUAAUGUGAGCACCCUCAUUUUCAGGCAUGGAGCCUCCUAAUAUACUAGGACUAAAUUUGUACAUGAAUACAUCUCAUGGUUGACUGAAUGAAUGCUAGUCGUAACGGAUUAAAUGUUGUACCAAAUUGUCCAUGGCCGCGUUUGGGCUCGGCCUUGGCUCAUGUAGCAGUUGAUUGUUCAAAGUGGUUGGGCUGAGCCAAUCCAACAAAAAGAAAGAUAAAGUGGAGUAGAAGAAAAGGAAUACUGUGUCUGGAGAUGAGUCAUCAUAGUUUCCUUCUCCAUUCUUAGAGAAGUAUUGGCACUUCAUUUAUCUUGUAUUACAAAAGGAAUGAAAUCCCAGAAAUAUAUGAGGACCGGCAUUGUUAUCCUCCAUCCUUUUCCAAACAUAUACACUGGGGUAUUUCUUAUAGAUUUGAUGAACUAGUGGGCUGUUACAUUUGAGUGAAGCUCAUGGAGUGUGAUUCCGGGAACUGCUCUAGAGAAAACACAAAGUUGGGAGCUAUGUUGACUUCUGAGAAGGCAAACAUAUCUUGUGGAAAUUUCAACUGUGAAAAUGUGGGUCUAUUUACACCCAAGUCACUCCAGAAUAAGCAUUUUGACAAGAAGGGAAGUGAUAAAGAAGAAGAGCUCGUUAGAUACAUGUCGAGUUUACCUACCUAUCUGCAGGGAGGAAAACCCCAGCAGGAAAAAGCUUUUAAUGUUGGAGUGCUUGACUGGAAGCAUCUAGAAAGGUGGCAAAGUAAAGCUAAGCAAAUGCCUUCGAGGUUCAAUGUGGUUUCACCACCAUCGACUAGCAGCAAUGCAUCGUCAUUCUCGUCAACAGAAGAGUCAUCAUCCAAUUCCAGCAGAGAAUAUCUUGCUCCAUACCUCAUGAAAGUAAAAUUAGAUUUUAAAAUUUGUAAAACAGUUCGAAUUGGGAGACAGGGGACUGCCACAAAGCGAGCUCAAUUACAAGCAGCCAUCACAAAUGGCGUUCCUCAAUUUAGAUUCUCAGGUGAGAAGGAAGAUGAGUGUGUAACAGCCACUGUGGAGCGAUUGUCUUCAUCCACGAAGAACAACAAUUGGAUCUAUACAUUCUCUACUAUGCAUGACAUGAAGAAGAAGAAGAAGAAAAAGGACAGAAACAAAGUGACAGGAAAUAUUUCUAGUGCCGUCAUUGCUCAAAUGAAGGUUUCUGAUGUUCAAUUGUCAGACGUCAUUAGUAGGGAAUUUGUUUUGUUUAACACAGGCAACAUAAAUCAACAAACUUCAGAGCUUGCAGCCAUUGUUGUGAAAUUUUCAGGGUGUGAAGAGAUUAGCAUGAAUGUGAUUCUUCCUGGUGGUGAUCAUGGACUUCCCAGAAAAGGGGAGCCUUCUUCACUCAUUGAAAGAUGGAAAUCCGGUGGGUCGUGUGACUGUGGAGGUUGGGAUUUGGGAUGCAAACUAAGAAUCCUUUCCAAUGACAGUGCCAUCGGCAGAAAAUAUAAAUUUCCAUUGAGUGAUGGACAGUUUGAGCUUUUCUCUCAGGUUGAUUUUACAAUGUCAAUCUUGUAAUGGAACACAACAACAAAUAUCAACCCAUAUUCUCUUGGAGGAGAUCAUCAAGAAAAUAUGGCUGCCCUCAGGCUGUUGGGCCCUUUCAAAGAUGGGAUCCUUUCUGUGGAGUACGCUUCAUCUCUCAAACUCUUGCAAGCAUUCUCCAUUUGCCUCGCUGUUCUAAACAUUAGAAAGCGAUAAUCAGACAACAACGAAAGGCCUUCCCGAAACUGAAAACGAGAAAGUCGAAGGCCAUGAAAAAGUGUUAUAUAGGGAGAACAACUCAUGUGACACUAGUAAAUAUAGUUGUAAUUUGGUGGCAGUAUAAUACUACCUCCGUCCCGUGAAACAUUUCCCCUUUCUUUUUUUAUCCGUCCUACAAAACACUUCUCAUUUCUAUUAAAAAGUCACUUUUACCCCUUACUUUUUCAUACCCUAACUAUCACAUCAUACCUUUUUACUAAUAAUUUAUCCAUCAAAUCAUACUUUUACCCAUCACAUCAAAGGACAUUUUUGGAAAUUCAAUACCAAAAUACACUCCCUUAAAUCCCUCCUAAAAAGCAAAUGUCCCAUGUUUCACGGGACGGAGGUAGUAAUAUAGAUAGAGUGCAGCAUUGUAGUAUCAUCUGAGUAUGAAAUUGAAUUUGAUGUGGUAGGGGAAGCAAAUGUGGACUCAAAUACUUUGGGCUACCAUAGAGUAUAUGUUUUGAUCCAUUUAUAAUGCAUGUCCUAAAGAAAUUCCCUCCUACAUUGACAAAUAAUAUUGAAUAAGCUAAGGCAGUGUUU